GAUCCUUUCGGAGGAGCUCCCCAUUCAUUUCAGGCUUUUCGGAGCUGUUUCGCAGCGUGGAACAGUUCCCGAUGACGCUCUUGUUAUUGUGCAAAUCGGAGACGCCAUAACGCCUCCAACAUGACACAUUUCAAGCGGAGCUUUAAAAUUAGCUGACGGUGUGGGCAAUGUCAAAUCCAGCGACCACCUUCAGCCCCCCCCCCGUAGCGCUUCCAGGGACCUAAAUUUACCGAACCCUACAUUGAUUUUCACUGCGGAGAGAUCGUCGUCGCUUUUUCGCAGACCCGUUUCUGUCAUAGCUGGGGCUUUUGCAGUAGCAUGCAACUUUUUCCUGCCUUCGCAAUCAUCGAAAUUGUGCGUAUUGGAGUUCCAUCUCAAUUAGGUGGAAUGUUCUCGAGGAAUACUCUUCAAUCUUCACGAGGCUAAUUCAUCGUGAAGGCUCGCGUGUCUACCCGUGGUUCAUCGACAGGCCUGAGUACUUGGAGCCAUUGUGGCGUAGUAUUCCGCUUCGGAGCCCGGAGUGGCUUGCAAGCAUCUGCUUGCGAUUUUCUGAUGUUCUGAUGUUGAAUUUUGCGAACUUCUCUCUCGUGGGCUUUGUGGUUACAAUGCUCAAUUUUCUCUUUGGGUGAGUUAAAGUAGUUGCGACUCUGCUAUGUUCAGUCGGAGGCUGUCCGUCUUUGCCGCUGCAUUUCCCUCAUUGGUUGGUGGUUAUGGGUUUUCUUAGAGAGGUUUCGUGGUGGACUUGGUUUGAUUUAUGCAGGGGAGUUGAAACUUUGGUCGGUGGUGUGAGUACACGUAUUGGUUAUGAAACUAGAGGGCUUCGAGAGAUUGCGAGAUAUUACAAAUGAGAGAGUCUGCGUGAUCGUCUUCUGCAGCCUAGAAGGAGAAUCGACGCCUAGCUCUAGAUUUUCUGUUUCCCUUUUUUUGCGAGGAAUUUGAUAAUGGCUGAGUAAUUGACGUAGCAAUUAUCAUUGCGAAACUCGCUACUUACUUUCUUAACAUUCUGUUGUAUAUUUUGUGGUUGUUGUAUUUCUGGUGAGAUAAUACGAAAUGAAACAGAGAUUAGAGGGUGUUUCCGAAGGUUUUGAUUUGCUGAACCUACAGAUGCGAAAAGGAGACUAUAAUCAUGAAGAAGAAAGUUGUCGUCGUCGGUGGCGGAGUAGGCGGCUCGGCAGUCGCAAAGAAACUCGAACAGGAAAGAGUACUUCGAGGUCCCUUACGCGCAAAUGCGAUGCAUUGUGGAACCUUCCUUUGCGAAGCGCUCGAUUAUAAAGCACUCGGAGUAUUUGAAGACAGCGCGAGUUGUGCAGAGCGCAGCCAGAGGAAUAUCAGGGUCCGAGGUCAUCACGGCUUCAGGCGACCACGUUGAAUUCGAUUACCUUGUCAUUACCACGGGCACGACAUACUCCGGCCCAAGCACUCGAGCAGAACUCAUCAAGCUGUACGAAGAUGAGAACACGAAGCUUUUGGCAGCCAAUUCCGUGCUCGUAAUUGGAGGUGGUCCUGUGGGUGUUGAGCUUGUUGCAGAGAUUUUGGUGGACUUUCCAGACAAGAAGGUGACAUUGGUACACUCUGGUGACCGUCUUCUCCAGUUCCUUGGCCCGAAAGCUUCACAGAAAACUCUAAACUGGUUGCGUUCUAAGAACGUUGAAGUGAGUUUGAAUGAUAGAGUGGAAAUUCAAGGCAUGCCUGGCCCUCAAUAUGUUACAAAGAAUGGCGCGCAUAUCCUGGCUGAGUAUCUAAAAAUCUGCGUUGGAAAGCAUGUUGGAUCGUCGUGGUUGAGAGAUUCAGAUCUCAGACAACUGAUUGACAGUGACGGUCGCUUGAAAGUGGACAGACACUUGCGUUUGGAAGGGAAGUCUAACAUUUUUGCUGUGGGUGACAUUGUCAACACGAAGGAGAUUAAGCAAGGGUUUCUGGCGAACAAACAAGCAGGUGUAGUUGCAGACAACAUUAAGAGACUUAUCCAAGCCCCGACACAGCCUAAACUGGCAGAAUAUGAGCCUCUGUCAACACCCUUCGGAAUUGUUUCGUUGGGACGAUAUGAAGGUGUCGCACAGUUGCCUAUCGUCCCACAAUUGCCUAUCCUCGGACGCUUGCCUGGUAUGCUCAAAAGCAAGGACCUUUUCGUAACAAAAACUCGGGCAGAACUUGGCGUGUCUGGAUGAUGAAACUUGUACUCCACUCUUCUCCUGCUGUAUAUGACCAUAUGUGUUCAAUAGAAUAGGCAAUCAUGGACAUAAUUAACUGGUGGAGUGUACAGUUGAUUCUUUGUCUCCGAGCCCAAUUCAAUGCAUCUCAGUGUGCAUCCAGUCCUCCAAAGCAGUCAAAUUGUAUAUCCAUGCUGCAAUGCCCAAAGCUGAUUCCUAAUCAAGAAUACGAACAAUGUGAAUGUAUUGUAAAAUAACUUCCUAGAAAUAUACUCUUCAUCGAAUAUUCUUUUGCUGAA